AGUCUCUUUCCGCAUUUCACAAGAGCAUUCAGAAAUCAAGAACGGAGACACAGAUACAGGAAGAGAAAUGGAGGAGACCAGAAGAGUUGGCGUCGCCGUCGAUUUCUCCGAUUCCAGUCGGAACGCAUUGCGGUGGGCGGUGGACAACGUCGUCCGGAAAGGGGAUUAUCUCAUUCUCGUUACGGUUCUCGGCCAUGCGUUUUAUGAAGGAGGCGAGAUGCAGCUCUGGGAAGCCACUGGUUCACCUUUGAUCCCACUUACGGACUUCUCUAAUCCAAACAUCAUGAAGAAGUAUGGAGUGAAGCCUGACCCUGAGACCCUGGAUAUUGUAAACACUGCUGCUGCGCAGAAAGAGAUUGUGGUGGUGUUGAAGAUUUAUUGGGGUGAUGCGCGUGAGAAGUUAUGUGAGGCUAUUGAUAACAUCCCUCUCAGCUGCAUCUUUAUAGGAAACCGAGGACUUGGCAAGCUUAAGAGGGUUAUAAUGGGCAGCGUAAGCAACCAUGUGGUGAAUAAUGGUACCUGCCCUGUUACUGUGGUGAAGAACUAGUUUCCUACAUAUUGAUAAAACUGAGCAAGUUUCCUCCCUGUCCUAUAUUAUAUUAAUAAGUUCCUUUGCUUAAUAUUGAGACUUAAGAGGAGUUGUAUAUGUUGGAGAAGUUUCUAGUUAAUCUACAUGUUGAUGCAGUUAUGUGUGUAUUCCUUGGUUAUCAUGCAGUUUGCCUAUGUGCAUUGGUUUAGUAAUAAUAUGAAAACAAGUUGUCAGCUGUUAUUUGAAAUGCUGAUCAAUGUUCAUUAUGCUG